UUCUGGGGAUAAUAAUAAAAUAACAGAGGGCAAAGGUACAAACAACAUUAUCAGAAAGUUUUGUUGUUUACUUACUCCCAACUGUGGAAGAUCAUGAAUCACGAUAUGUUUUUUCAUUUUUUUAAAAAUUUUGAAAACUUAAUUGUGAAGGCGUGGCGGUGCACCGCGAUCUGAACUGAAACAUCUCUGGUGAAGUCGGUGUUUCCGUUGAAGCUGCUUCUCCAGGCGCACACAUUGAACCUUUUAUGCCAGGAUUUCUGCCGCUUUCUGGGUUAUGGACAACCGAAGUGUUUCGUUGAACGCCUCUGAAAAAGGAGAGCCCCCCUUAGAAAUAGAAGAGCCCAAAGAAGAACCCCAGGCCGCUGAGCCUCUGGACCACACAGACUCUGGCAUUGGCGUGUUCGGCUCGCUGCUGGUUUUACUUUCUCUCCUGCUGGUGCUGGUCACGUUCCCCCUCUCCAUCUGGAUGUGCUAUAAGAUAGUGAAGGAGUACGAACGAGCCAUUAUCUUCCGCCUUGGGCGCAUCCUGAAAGGAGGAGCCAAGGGACCGGGGUUGUUCUUCAUCGUACCGUGCACUGACGUCUUUAUCAAUGUGGACAUGCGAACUAUCAUCUUCGACAUCCCGCCACAAGAGGUUCUGACCAAAGACUCGGUGACGGUGUGCGUUGACGGCGUGGUGUACUACCGGGUCCAGAACGCCACCCUGGCCGUGGCCAACAUCACCAACGCGGACGCCGCCACGCGGCUGCUGGCCCAGACCACCCUGAGGAACGCCCUGGGCACCAAGAACCUGGCGGAGAUCCUGUCCGACCGCGAGGAGAUCGCUCACAACAUGCAGGCCACUCUGGACGAAGCCACGAACGACUGGGGGAUCAAGGUGGAGCGCGUGGAGAUCAAGGACGUGAAGCUGCCUCUGCAGCUCCAGAGAGCCAUGGCGGCCGAGGCGGAGGCGAGCCGCGAGGCCAGAGCCAAGGUGAUCGCGGCUGAGGGUGAGAUGAAUGCGUCGCGGGCCCUGAAGGAGGCGUCCCUGGUGAUCUCUGAGUCCCCAUCGGCUCUGCAGCUGCGCUACCUGCAGACCCUCAACACCAUCGCCGCUGAGAAGAACUCCACCAUCAUCUUCCCGCUGCCAAUGGACAUUUUGCAAAGCUUGAGGAAAUACUGAGGAAGAACGCCACACACACACACACACACACACACACUCACAGACAGGUCAGGUCAGGUCGGCCUUCUGCCUCUGAAAGCAGCUGUUUGGAUUUUAAAACUCCUUAAAUUGUUUUAACUGUUCGAUCCAGGAAACCUCAACCCAAAUCUUCUGCUUUUAAAUCAAAGGUAAACACACAUCCACACCUAAUCUAUCCUGAUAUUAUAACACUGACAGCAUUUCACCACAUGAGCCACACACUGCAAAAACACAAAAUAUUUACCACUAUUUUAGUCUAGUUUCUACUGCAAACAUCGUUGUAUACUUGAAGUAAGACAAAAACCAACUCAUAAGUAGCAUUUCAGCAAGAGAUAGGAGUUUGUUUUAAGUAAAUAAUUCCUUAAUGUUGAUCAAAAAAAUUYGUUCCACUGAUAUUAGUGAAACAAUCUGCUUGAAAAAUUACAAGUUAGUUUGUUUUGUUUUUGCUGGAAAGUUACUUGUUAGUUUUGUCUUAUUUCUAAUGUCUGAAGUUAUUUGCAGU